GCGGCUGCCUCCGCCGCAGACUCUGGCAGCUUUAUCGCCGGAGUCCGUGAACUCUCGUUUUCUUUUUAAUCCCCUGCAUCAGAUCACCGGCGUGCCCCACCAUGUCAGAUGCAGCUGUAGACACCAGCUCUGAAAUCAUUGCCAAGGACUUAAAGGAGAAGAAGGAAGUUGUGAAAGCGGCGGAAAAUGGAAGAGACGCCCCUGCUAACGGGAAUGCUAAUGAGGAAAAUGGGGAGCAGGAGGCUGACAAUGAGGUAGAUGAAGAAGGGGAAGAAAGUGGGGAGGAAGAGGAGGAGGAAAAAGAAGGUGAUGGUGAGGAAGAGGAUGGAGAUGAAGACGAGGAAGCUGAGUCUGCUACAGGCAAGCGGGCAGCUGAAGAUGAUGAGGAUGAUGAUGUCGAUACCAAGAAGCAGAAGACCGACAAGGAUGACUAGACAGCAAAAAAGGAAAAGUUAAACUAAAAAAAAAGGCCGCCAUGACCCGUUCACCCUCCAUUUCCUGUCUCAGAAUCUAAACGUAGUCACCUUCCAGUAUUGAGGCCC